CAUUAUUUAAUUGUAUUUUAUCAUUUUGUUAUUAAUUUUUGAUUUUAUUCUCUAAUCUAUUUGCAAAUAUAUAAAUUAGUAUUCAUAUGAAUAUAUAUUUUUAAAUACUGAUAAUAAUAUGAAAAAAUAUAUAAAAUGAAUUUUAAUUAUUCAUCACUAUUGUUUAUUUAUGUUGUUUUUAGAUAUGGAUGCUGUGAGAGACUUCAUAAGCAAAUAUACUCAUCAAUAGAAGGUGGUGCAGCAUGCUUUAGAAGAUUAAAUGGAACACAUCAAGUGGGAUGUUCCUCAUCAGAUAAAGGUGCAGUUGGUGUGGUAGCCUUAAUUCGUGAUUUGAGCGAUGCCCAAUGGUUAGCACUGAAUGCCACAGCUGGUCCCUACAUUGCUGUAGUUGGUACCUCAUUGUUCCAUGGUGUUAUGGAUGUACUACUGGACUACCCUCAAAAUGUGGCAGGUGUUUUGGUAUUUGACAAUGCAACAUUAGGUACCAGUGCUUUUACUCAAGACUCGAAAUGCCCAAAUGAGUAUACAUCAGGCCCAGGAAGUCAAUGUUCUUCUGAUUUACAAGAUAACAAAGUUUGGAAUGAAAAUGGUUCUGAUCUGUUGAGAACAGAUAUUCCAUUUCCAAUAUUCUUCUUACCAGAGUCAAGAUUUGAGGAGAUUACUAAAAUAGAAACAUGCUUUGAAAGAUAUAACCUUGACAGAAACAAUCACAAGAAUGUACCACUAUGUUCAAUUCAACUACAUUCCUUCAUGUUCGCUGCAGUUAAUAGUGCAGUCUGUUUAAGGAGAUCCGCCGCAACAGCACUUUUAACGCCAACAAAAGUGUGUGAUCCACUGGGUGAUAGUAAUGUUUAUUAUUCACUCUUUCCACGAGGGACGCAAACGGAAUCAACUACGAAACCUGUGAUCUUGGUUACCGCUCGAAUUGAUUCAGCUUCACUUUUUGAUGGCGUUUCUCCCGGGGCGGCUAGUUCGGUAAUCGGGAUGGUCACCUUAAUAACUGCAGCCACAAGUCUGGCUCAUAUGAUUCCCGAAGAGGAUGCUAACUUGUAUGAUCGCAAUGUGUUAUGGACUUUAUUUAAUGGCGAGGCGUUCGACUACAUUGGGUCUCAGCGAGUCGCGUAUGAUAUCAGCCGCAAUGCUUGGCCCCCAUCUGCUCCAUUAUCUCCAUCUGAUAUACCUCUACACAUAGAAUUGGGACAAAUUGGAGGUUCAUUGAUAUUAAACAAAGACAAUGAAUCUUGGCCAUUGUAUGGUUUUACUCCAAAUAGUUUAGAUAAGGUAUCACAGAUAUUAGAAGAACUAAAUAUGAACCUGAAUGUGUCCAACAUAACAUUAAGCCCAGUCUUCACAGAGAACUUGCCUCCAUCAUCUUUACAUUCAUUUCGACGUAUACUCAAGAAUGUCACUGAAAGCGGGGCUUUGACUGAAGUACUUUUAACAGAUUUUAAUGAGAAAUUCACUAAUAUGUUCUACAAUUCUGCAUUGGACGAUUAUGUUAAAAUCGGAUUUCUAUAUCACAACAUUACUGUAGAUAGUAAUGGCACAUUUAUACCAACGGAUGAGCUGAUCUCAAAUGGAACCAUGAAGAAAACUGAAAUUCAAGUAAAGAUUGCAAACCUCGCUUCUGCGGUAGCGCGUACCUUGUAUAAAGAAGUAGUUGGUAACGAUUACGCAGGGAAUGUGACGGCGUCGGCACAUUUGGUGGACGAAAUGCUGUACUGCUUGGUGAGGAGCCAGGCGUGCCGGCUGCUGGUGGCGGCGGACUACGCGUGGAGCGGGUCGCGCGGGGAGCGGCCGCCGGAGCCGCCGCCGGCGCUGUACGUGGGCGUGGCCGCGUGGGCCGGCGCCGCGCCCGUGCUCGCCGGACACCUGCUGGCGCUGCUCGCCGGCCGCCCGCGCGCCGCCCGCGACCGCGCCCACUGCGACGCCCUCGCUCACCCGAAUUAUUCAUUCUACUGGCUAAAUGGUUGGAACCACACGGGAGUCUGUAUUCAAACCACUAUGAAUUUUAGUCAGGCUGUUAGUCCUGCGUUUAUAACACCAGGGUACGACUUCGCGUCGGGAGCGUACUCGACGUGGACGGAGUCCGUGUGGCAGACGAUGUGGGCGCGCGUGUUCGUGGCGGCGGGCGGGGGCGGCGCGCGGGCGGCGGCGGUGGGCGGCGCGGGCGCCACGCUGCUGGCGGCGGCGCUGACGGCCUGGCUGCGACGCCACGCCGCCGCCGUCUUCACGGCACCGCCCGCGCGCGCCGACGCCGCGCCCAGCGUGCACAGCGCCGCCGGUAUCCUAAGAACGGUCAACUGUUAAACACAAAUUGAUUUGAAGAAGGCUGUGCUGCGUAAUUGUAAAUAUAAAAAGGAAGAAAUAUGUAUGUAAUAGAAGAAUUACUUCAAUGUCAUGACUAUUAGUUGAAAGGUGUUGAUUAUUUUAUCCGAAAAGUAGUAUUAUUAAAUAUUUACUGUAUAGCAACAACACAUUCCACUUAAUUAUUAGACCUUUAUUGUUAUGCCCAGUUAGACGAAUAUCCUAUAUCUUAAUCCGUUUGGCAUAUCUCCAAAGAAGGUACAGGGCCAGUAGAACGGUAGUUGCAUGGACAAUCGUUUCACUGAAACAACAAUUUUAAGUCAGGUCUAUUUCUCAUGUGCGCCGUGCUAUCGACGUAUGUGUAGUGAAAUUCAUCUAGCUAAUUGUUAUCAUCAAACUCACGCACUCAUGAACUUGUUUUUCCCCUUAAACAUAAGUGAAUAACAAAUAUUAUGUCACUUAUCACGAGGUGCGGUGUGACGCUCGCCUGGUUAACGCAUUUUUCGUCUUAGGUGUUUGAUUUGUAUUGCCGUGCAGCAAUGCAAAACUUGCAGUGUAUAGUCCAUAGCCUUGCAAAAACUCACCACAUACUAGGUACUUUAUGUGGUGAGUUUUUGCAAGGCUAUGGACUAUUGUGAUUUUUUAUAGAAUCCGCUUUAACCAUACAAGAACUUUUCUUAUUUAGACACUGUAAAAUACAUUUGAAAACAUACGUUACAGUAUUAUUCAAAAACAUUAUUUUACGUUGUUAGAAAAAGAAUAUUCUUUUAUAGACAUUACAUAAUGACUUGAUUUCAAGGCUGUUAGUGGAUUAAGCAUAAAUUAGUUGAUACCUUCAAACUUGUCUACUAGUGACAUAGGUAGUUAAUUAAAGCUAUCACCGAUCUAAUGUCAGCAAUAAUGCUAGCUAAAAUUAUAAUAUACAUUAAUGUAAUUUUCCCUAACAAUAAUUCAUUAUUACUUUAAUUCUAUAUAUAAUACUGUAACUAUACAUGGCAAUUAAAAUUAUUUAAAUGUUAACAGUUGUGUAUAGUUCUACUGUGGUUUCGUUAAUUGUAAUUAUUUAUUAUGUGCAGUGUACAAUUAUAAAUUAUACUCUUAAUAAAUCUGUUGUGAGAAUUACUAUUACAGUGUUUUCAUUAUGGACAGCAAUAAAAAGUUGAAAAGUCAUAUAAAAUUUUUUAAUGGUGUAGUUUUGGACGAAGUUUGUAGUUAAAGUUCCCACCAAUUUUUCUAGAGGAAUUCAUGCUGCUAUUACUUCGUUUAAGCCGUCAUAGCUGAAUAAAUUAUACAUUCGAUUUUCAUUAAUACUGUUUUAUUUUUAUUGUUAAAUAAUG